AAGCUGCUUGUGCUGUUCUCUGCUUUAAUAUCUCGGUCUCUUCUUUCUUUAUAGCCAUGUUACUGAAGAUCACCUUGUCUUCUGGAAGUAGAAGCGCCGUGAACAGAUGAAUCUCUUCAGCCAAACGUUCCUCCCGUAGAGGCCUCUCAUGGAGCACGAGAGCAGGGAGGAGAUGGACUCCAAAGAGGAAAGUCCUCAGGUGUGGGCUGACUCUGCUGAGCAGGAGCAGAAUUCUGCUCAGGUGCACUUUGUCCCCGAGGGGGGGACAGUGGCCCAGAUCGUGUACAGCGAUGACCAGGACCGUCCCUCGCAGCAAGUGGUCUACACGGCAGAUGGCACCUCCUACACCUCCGUGGACACCUCGGAGCACACGCUGGUUUACAUCCACCCCGUGGAAGCUACGCAGACUCUGUUUACAGAUCCGUCCCAAGUGGCUUACGUCCAGCAAGAUGCCACCACCCAGCAGGUAACCGUGCUCUUGCCUGCUGCUGCCCAGGGCAUGAAUCCCAGCACCCUGCCCGUGCUCGGCAACGUUGCCCAAUCCCCCCAGCAAGUGGCUCUGGAGCAGGGGCCACGAGCAGAUAGAGCAUCACUACCGGUGCAUAACCAGGUGUUACCUCCUAUGGAGGCAGUGGAUGGUUCUGACCCUCUAGCACCUUUGCAGAAUCAGAUGGGAAGGAUGGAAACGAAAGAGGAGGACGAGGAAGAUGAAGAUGAGGAUGAAGAGGGGGAAGACACUGACAUGGAUGAAUGGGAUCCGGAUCCACCUCGACCUUUUGAUCCCAACGAUCUCUGGUGUGAGGAGUGCAACAACGCGCAUCCCUCCGUGUGUCCCAAACACGGACCCCUGCAUCCCAUCCCGAACCGGCCCGUGCUGACGAGGGCGAGGGCCAGCCUGCCCCUGGUGCUCUACAUAGACAGGUUCCUGGGAGGGGUCUUCUCCAAAAGGCGCAUCCCGAAGCGCACGCAGUUUGGACCCGUGGAAGGACCCCUGGUCAGGCAAACGGAGCUCAAAGACUGCUACAUCCACUUGAAGGUGUCUCUUGAUAAGGGUGACAGAAAAGACAGAGACUUGCAGGAAGACCUGUGGUUUGAACUUUCUAGCGAGGCUCUCUGCAACUGGAUGAUGUUCGUGCGCCCAGCUCAGAACCACCUGGAGCAGAACCUGGUAGCCUAUCAGUACGGCCACCAUAUUUAUUACACAACCAUCAAAAACGUGGAGCCCAAGCAGGAGCUCAAGGUGUGGUACGCUGCCUCUUACGCAGAGUUUGUGAACCAGAAGAUCCAUGACAUAUCUGAAGAGGAAAGGAAGGUUCUCAGAGAGCAAGAAAAGAACUGGCCGUGUUACGAGUGCAAUCGGCGUUUCAUGAGCUCGGAGCAGCUCCAGCAGCACCUCAACUCCCACGAUGAGAAGCUGGACUUCUUUAGCAGAGCCAGAGGCAGAGGCCGUGGGCGAGGGAAGAGGAGGUUUGGACCAGGCAGACGCCCGGGGCGCCCGCCCAAGUUCAUGCGCAUGGAAAUAAGCAGUGAAAACGGUGAAAAGUGUGAAGAAGGGACGCAGGACUUGCUGCAUUUUUCCAGCAAGGGGCAGUUUGAUGAGGCCGGACAAACUCCGCUGAAUGGGCUGGAGCCGCAGGAGGAGACUCCGGCGCUGUCGGAGGCGCAGCCGGCCCUGGAUCAGCACACGGAAACGCACCCGGCGCCCAUGCAGCCGCAGCACGAGGAGAGCGCGGUGCCCACGCAGAGCACCAUGACAGCAGAUGACAUGAGGCGAGCCAAGCGCAUCAGG